AUGCUUCUACUACCAUUUUCACACGCAAUAGGUUUGCUAGUACCACCGCUGAAAAAUAACCAACGACCUUCUUUGGACAAUCUUCAACAAUGUCUUUCAUACGAACUAGGUGCUAACGACGUGCUAUUCCUCACGAUAAAGUCAAUUGAAAAGUUGCAGUCACAAGAUUUGAAUUUGUUGAUUUUGGAUAGUGUAGGCAACAAAUUGCGAGACCAACCAAACUUGGAGAGGUUUGCUAGCCCUAUUGAACUUAUAAUCAAUCCACAGGGCGUCACUGAUGAAGGUGACAUUCCAUUAGAGUUGAAAGAUCGCGAUUUGCCUCCAUCCAAACUUGUACAUAUUUGCUUUUACAAUACGUUCAAUGAUUUGUCAUGGAGUUUCAAACCGCGAACAUAUGAAUUUGAAAUCAAUGUUAAUAUAAAGGAUGACAUUAAGACUACUGAUUACCAAGUGUACAAGCAAUUCUUUGCUUACCUUGACAAAGACCUUAAUGAGGGUGAAUUUGAUAACAAGAUGAAUAUGGUUGCCCUUGAUCUUGACAACAUCGUUGCAAAGUUGCACAACUCCGAUGAUGUUUUAAAGGAGCUUCUAAACCAUGAAUUCAAAUUGAGAGACACUAAUGAAGAAAUCUUUAGUGGAUAUACGUUUAUUAGUAUUGUGUUGUGUGCCACGAUAGGUGUGUGCGGUGCAAUACAGCUAUUGUACUACAUACUUUACCUUAGAAGGGUCGUCAAGUGA